AUAAAAAAAACAAUCAAUAAGAAGAAGGAGCUAAGAGGAGAAUUGAAGAGAGGAAGCAUGAGGAAGCGUCAGGUGGUGUUGAGGAGAGCCUCGCCGGAGGAACCUUCUAGAAGCUCGUCGACGGCUUCGUCUCUGACGGUGAGAACUGUGAGAUACGGAGAAUGUCAGAAGAACCACGCAGCGGCGGUGGGAGGUUACGCCGUAGACGGCUGCCGUGAGUUUAUGGCAAGCCGAGGCGAGGAAGGUACACUGGCAGCACUAACGUGCGCCGCCUGUGGCUGCCACCGCAGUUUCCAUCGAAGAGAAAUUGAAACCGAGGUUGUUUGCGACUGUAAUUCACCUCCUUCUACUGGAAAUUAGACAAGAAAGAUCUAGAACUAGC